AUGAUCAAAGACCUCUUUUUAGAAAAGUCCACUGAGCGGAUAAACGAGUUCAACAGCUUCCGUAUGCAGACGAAUGAGAGCAUGUCGAGCCUCACUCAGAGGAUGAAAACGCUACGGAGACCAGAGGGCAUGGCCGCCCAGAAGCUGCUUGAUGCGAUUGAGCCGAAGGAGUGUCAGAGUGAGGUCAGGAGGGUCGUAUGGGCCGAGGAUACAGGCGACGACGACCUAACAGUCGAACAGAUUAGCAAGGUGGCAACCCGCCUGGAGAAGAAGCGCUGCACAGAAAGCGCUCUGGAGUUCGGCCUCUUAGCCGAGCACACACAAGUACGCGGGACGCGGCUUCGCCGCAAAGUCGGCUGGCCCCCAAAGGGCCGUUGGCAACCGCCAAUGCCACAAUUGUGGCUAGUUCGGCUACAUCGCCAGGAACUGCGGGUCACCACCGCGACGCAGAAGGGUGAUAUCGCCCCAGUGGUUCAAGCCAACGCAACUGCAGCGCCACAGCGCGGCGGCUCAGCGAAGGUUGAAAACGAGUGUAACGAAUGCGGAGAAGUUGGCCACUGGGUUCCUGGUCCGCCCCCAGAGCCGGCUGCAGACAACAUUUACGACCCAGUGAACCCCCAAAUUGGAGCGCUGCCGGGGAAGCUGCCAGGGAAGCUGCUAGGGGCGUACCACAGAGACCCCAUAAG